CGGACCCUCCCUCUUCCUGGCGGCAAAAUCUUUUUUUGAGGAAAAUUUUUCUAAAACAUUAAGAAGUUUGAGGAUGGAGGGGCAAAACGACUAAAUCGCAUUUUCCUGUGAUCCUUUAGCCGGGAAAUUGUCCAAAUCUGUGGAUAAAUUCAUGAGAUAAGAAAAAGGAUGGCAUCUAGAGUAAAUUCCAGUUUCACUUUGAUUCCCAACCAGAAAUACAGACGUAGCAAUCGUCGAUCCAGCUAUUUUUCCAACAACCUUGCCUCAGAUUCUCAGCCCUUAUCAACGCUUGGAAAUUUUAAAGCCUUGCCAUUGGAAAUAUUCCAAAUAAUCUUAAGAUACUUGUCAGUGAAGGAUAUCAGCAUGCUAAGCAUGGUGUCCAAAACAAUCAGCCAGCACAUUAUUAAUUAUAUCUCAACCUCAUCAGGAAGCAAAAGACUCUUACUACCAGACUUUCAUAAUCUUGAGCUGCCUGACAGGAAACAAGAAUCUGCCAUAUUGGAAUACUACAGAUCUCUAGGUCUGCUAUUUAAAAGAUGUACAUUGCUGCUACCCACAAAGGAAAGACUAAAGUACAUUCACAAGAUACUCGCAGAAGUUUCCUGUUUUAAAUUCAGUGGCUGUGCAGCUCCAUUGCAAUGUUUAGGAUUACCAUGUUACGGCAUGUUUUUACAGACCUUAACAGCAGGUUGGGAUGAACUUGAGUGCCAUCGUGUUUUUAACUUCUUAUGUGAGCUGACUAAUCUCCCCCGCAAGAUGCAGACAGUUGUCUGCAGCAAACCAGGCAGUGCCCGAAAGCUGGAGUUAAGGAUCCGACUGUUUUGUAGGAGGGUUCUGCUUGAUCACUGGACCCAUCGAAGUGAUUCUGCAUUUUGGCUAACACGUAUAUUAAAACCGUGGCCCAUGGUGAAUCAGGCAAGAUUACUGUAUAUCAUCUUUGGACCAGUAUCUCCUCAGGAUGGACAGGUGGUUUGGCAGAGAAUGAUAGAAGGACCUACAGAUGAACCCAGUUUGAAAGGUUUGGCUGAUGCCAUUAAAUUACUAUAUGACACAGGCACCAAAGAAUGGACAGCAGAUGAUAUUAUCAGCCUUGUAGAUGAACUAUCAGUGGUUCCUCGUGAGUGGCUUCUGGAGAAUAAUGCACGUCUCCUAAUCCUAAGUGGGAACAACAUCUGUUUCACUUUCAUGGCCAGUAAAGCUGUGAAGGGACGGGCCGUUGAACUGGCAAGGCUGAUAGUCUUUUUGGCUUUGGUAUGUGAGAAGGAACUAUACUGCAUGGACUGGGCGGUUAAAAUGAUGCAAAAAGUCUGUAAAGUCUUUAGCACUCCAGUGGAAAGAAAUAACUUCCUGCAGAGUGUGGCAAAUGCAUUUGCAUGUGUUACAAUGGAAAUGCUGCAAUCAGUUAUGUCUGGAGACCGUGAUGAAGAUGACAGAAGUUUUUUGAAUUUGUACCACCUUGUGCAAGCUCAGGCUAACUUCCAUAAGGAGGUCCUGUCUUUGACCGUGAAUACUCUUUCUACCUAAACACUCAGAAAGCCUUGCAUUUAGAGAAUAUCUCACUGAACUAAUAAUGAAAAUAGCGCUACUUUCCACACUCAAAGAAUAGCAUCCAUGGGACUUUUUAUCACAUCUAAGUAAUUCAAAAGCACGAGAAAAUUCU